AAUCACUGGAUGUUUGCCAUCUUCAGUUAUUGUCAGCCAUCUCUGGAAAAUACAUCUACUCACUGCAGUUCCUUCUUAUCUCGAUCACAAGCAACUCGAAAACCCAUCUGCUCCAUCUUCCUGAAGACAGACAUGUGUGAUGCCCGUUUCAUCUCUCCUCCCCUCACUCUCUCUUCAUUCAUCUGCUCUCCAUCCACUCUGUGCGAAGUGCAGUGGUCGAACCGGCUCUCACAGGGUCACUUUUGAUCAUCUCCGGGCAGGAAGUGUUAUUGAAGUGCACAUCACUCUCUUCUCAUUUGUGAAACUCAGCACUGGCACUGUUCUCAGAGGUCACGUGGGACCGGAGCUGGACUUGAGGCAAAACCAGAGCUGAGGUUGUAAGGUUAGACUGCUGGGAUUGGGUGGACACCCCUACUUCUCUUGGGGCUGGCAUUAGAAGAUUUUAGCAUUCAUUGUGUUCAAAUGCAGAUUAUGAUGAACAACUCAAGCUCUGCAUGUGUGAUUAUGACCCAAUCGUCAAGUCACCUGCUGAUGUCCAUCUACAUCAUUGCAUUUAUCCUGGGCCUGCUGUUCAACCUGAUCACUAUCGGUCCCAUUAUCCAGCAAAUCCGCAAAAAGAACGUUUUAGGGAUUUACCUACUCAGCCUAUCCAUCUCUGAUAUCCUGUACAUCCUCACCAUGCCUCUGUGGAUACAUUAUUUCAGCAACAACCACAAAUGGACACUUAAGCAGGAACUGUGUAGCCUGUCUGGCUUCUUUUACUAUUCCAACCUUUACAUCAGCAUCUUUCUACUCUGCUGGAUCUCCAUCGAUCGCUGCCUGGCCAUCACCUUCCCACUGCGAAUCCAAGCCUUCCGCCGCCAACGGUAUGCCUGGAUCAUCUGUGGGUUGGUCUAUGUUUUUGUGAUGGUCUUGCACUGUCUGGUUCUAGCCCUGGAUAAGCUGCCAGAUCCAUUGAACGACAAGAGGUGCUACGAGACCUUCCCCAUGACAGAGCGCAUCGCCAUCUUCAACCUGAUACGGGUGGCCAUUGGUUUUCUUUUGCCGCUUGUGGUCAUCACAGUCUGCUACUGGUUGAUCCCAAAUAAGGUGCAGCAAAGCAGAGGAGUGGACGAACAGGGCAAGCGCAAAGUGAGGCUUCUGUCUAUGGGAGUUAUUGGGAUUUUCACGAUUUGCUUUGCCCCAUACCAUAUUCUCCUGCUGCUACGCUCCAUCGCAUUCUUCUCUGUUGGGGAUAAAGCAAGCUGCAAGUUUGAACAAGUAAUGUAUUUACCCUUUACUUGCUCCCUAGCCCUGUCUAGCCUCAAUAGCAUGGUAGAUCCAGUGCUCUAUGUGUUGGCCAGUAAUGGAGUGAGGGAGGACAUGCGUUGGUGCUGUUGGAAAAACAGGCCGACACAGGAAACAGGAAGUCCUCUUGUUGAUUCAAAAUGGAAGACCAGAGUAACUCAUUUGUCUUGAGGCCAACCUCAGGUUUUAGAAAUUGUGGGGGAAUUCACUAAGAAUGAAUUGUGCCCACUGAGAGCGUGGUUUAUUGGCACAAGCUUUCUGCAUUGUUUUGGCAUCAGGAGGGUACAGCAGACUACCACUAUUUACCGUGAUUACAAGGACUGUACAUAAAUUAGGGUUGCCAACUUUUCCCCACACAAAUACGGGACACUUAAGCAUCUAGCUGCUAUGAUAUAGGACAAUAGGCAUCUUUAUUUCGCACAAAAUAUGGGACAGUUGACAGCCCUAACAGCAUCACAAUCCAACACUCUGAUCCAGGAAAAUGGACUUUAAAAUUUCAAAAGUGUGCUUUCGAAGUACAGUAAUCUAAUUACACUGUAGAAGAUGUAAUUAUUAGUUAGAAAUUAAUUACUUUUUUUAGAGUAAAUUACCCAACACUGGUUGCAGGUGGUUAAUAAAUAAGACCCCACACUGUUAAAAAUGUCUGUCAUUUUAAUGGUAAAAGACUGUAAAAAUGCUACAGAAAAAAAAGUUAAUAGAUUAACGAGUAUUAACUGUCAAAUAUACAGUAAUUUUUUUUAAAUAUAUUUUAAAAGAUAAUACAGUAGUUUUUACAAUAAAAUGUUGUAAAAAACAAAAACAAAUUUAAUGUAAAAAGUAUGAUUUAAAAAAAUGUAAUUUUUACAACAUUUUAUUGUAAAAACUACUGUAUUAUCUUUUAUUUUUUUAAAUAUAUAUUUAAAAGAUAAUACAGUAGUUUUUACAAUAAAAUGUUGUAAAAAUUACAUUUUUUAAAUGUAAAAAGUAUGAUUUUCCUGUAUAAUUAAUGGUAAAAAUUUACAUUAUGUUUAACAAGAGAGUACAUGUACUUUUUACAGUAAAUUAUUGUUAAAAUUACAGUAAAAAACAAUAAUCAGGUGUUCCCAAAAUUCCCUGCAUGACCCAUCAUAUUUAAUUAUAUUUUAUCUGAUUUUUAAUAUCAGUUAUAUACUUUGGGAUGUUCUGUUUUAUAUUUAAUGUAGUUUAGUUAAAGUUUACUGCAUUAUUUAAAUUUCACAUGUGUUACCCUGAUGGUGUUUAGUGUUUGUGUGAGUGACACUGAGCACUGUCUCUACAUGUUUAUUGGUCAUUGCUCCUGGAAGAGCCACUAUUGAUGAACUUCAUGUCAUCAUGUGCUCUUCUGUAAUUUUUACAGUGAUUAACAAUACAUUAUAAAGAAAAAAACUGAUUUUUACAGUUUUAGAAGGUUAAUAUCAAGUUUAUGAUGUUUUUUGUUUUUUUUUACUGUAAAUUUAACAGAUUUUUUUUUGUUUUUUUUGUUGUUUGUUUUUUCACAGUGCCAUCGCGGUCAUGCAAAUUACAAGUUUUAAACAGUAAAAUUUACAGGUUGUUCUGUAAAGUUGUUUACAUUUUAAUUGUAUUUUUUACAUAAUUAUUCUGGCAACUACAGAUGCCAGUUUUUUUUUGUAAAAACAACAGAAUGAAAAACUGGAAGUAAAAGUGACACAACUGUUUAGUAACUGUUGUGUGCACAUGUUUGUACACAACAACAUUGGAGUCCAUUCUGUCAAUUUUUGUCAAAAAAGGCUUGCAAAAAGGAAUAAUUUCAUUGUUUUUUAGCUUGAGAUAUGACGGAUAUGUCACUGUGUCCUCGCAUGCUUCAAGAGGAUGUUUACAAAAUGUACUUUCAGAUUUGCAGUGUUACAGCAACCAGGAUCUUUGGCUUUGAAGGACUCUUGAAUCACUUGAACUUUCUGUGUAAGAGCUGUAUUCAGCGUACUAAGUGUUGUUAUUGUGGGCUAAAGCUUUUCUUGUUUUUCCUGAUUAAUUCACAGACUACUCCCUGUGACCUUACCAUUAAACCAGAUUUAAUCGUUAAAGGUGCUAUAUGUAAGAUUGACAACAAGCGUGAAAUGGGUACUGCAGUCCAACUUCAAAAUAUUGGAGAGUUGUCUGCCCCACCCCAGACUCGAAACUCAUGCGGGUUGCCAAAAUGUUACCAACUCAGCAUCCGUUUUAAAGGAUUUCUGGGCUUUAAGCUGUCUCCAUCUUCCAAAGACAUCUCUAAUAUUUAUCCUUGUUUUACUGCGCCUCUGGUCAUGGUGAUAUUUAGAUGGAUGGCGAGGCUUUUUAGGUUGGGUGGAAUCUGUUAUCUCUGAUCCAGUUCGUUUGCUGGCUUCCAUGGCUGCAGCAUGCAGUGUUGUUUGCCUGCAAACUUGUUCAAAUCUGGAACCCGGCGGUGUCGAAAUACUAUUGAUGAGUGGGCAGUGGGCGGGAUCACACAGGCCAAAACAAAAACAGAAAUUCCGGCCCGGAAUGGAAAUUUCAAUGUAGAAUAUACUGGCUGUAGCAUUGUUAUCGGAGAAGCCAGUAUUUAAACUUAGCGUGUUUCCUAAUUCUCUAAUGACAUACUAUGUUCAUUUUAUGAUUUGGUACAGUAAAAAUAUUACAUAUAGCACAUUUAAAGAAGAUUUAAUCUAUCUGGAUGUUAAAAACAGCCUGUUGCAAAGUGAACUAUUUAGAUGCACGGCAUGUUGUUCUUCACAUAUUAUGCUCAACAAAUGCUGCAUUUUCUUUCCUGUGAUUUACCAUUACAGUAUUUAAAGCUAAGAAACUGUAAAUUACAUAAUAAAAUGGCACUGUUUUUACUCCUAUGUCACAUUGAGGGAAGUGGCACUUCCAUUACAGCUCUUUAAAAGAAGUGAAAAUGAUUAGUGUUUGAUUCAAGGGGAGGGACACAUAUAUAAUCAGGUACCAUAGUGUAAUCAUGAUGCUUUCUGAGGAGAAAGCAGCCAUAAUGACACUGCCAAGUGCUCUUGGGCGCUGAUGAAGCAAAGCAUUUGGAUAGCAUCUCUAACUGCUAUUGCCCACGAUAUACUUUGUACCGUUUUGUACCUCCGUGUUCCGCUGGCAUGAUUGCCUCUAUAGAUGAGUGCCUCUCAUGUGACUGCACUCAGAUGUACAAGUCUGUGAGCUAGAGUGGCCAUUGUGCUCUGCAGUAAAAUGCCACGGACCAACUGAAUGGAGUGAUUUUGGAGUGUGAGUGAAGCAAAGAAUUGUAGCUUUGAGCACCUGAUCUGCAGUCUGCAUGCUUUAAAUGACUGCUCGCUUUCACCUGUCGCUCUAGACUCUACCAUGCAUUUCCAGGAAUGGGGAUGCUAUUUAGUGUCAGAACUGACUCGUUUAUGUUAUGAGUAGGGAUGCAACAAUUAUUUAUCAUUAAUUGUUAACUGUUUGCGGACAAGCCUUAAAUGAAACAUGUGACCCAGCAGAAAAGCAGGUUUGGGAAUUAGUGUAAAACUAGUUAAAAAUGUAAGAAUAUUCCAUUACAAUUAGGUAAAAAAUAUGUUAUUUGAUUAUUGAUACAUUUGGAAAAACUAGAAAUUACUAGCACAAAGUACUUUUUUAUACCACAGGGAAAAUGUCCUGGUUACUUUUGUAACCUCCAUUCCCUGAUGGAGGGAACGAGACGUUGUGUCAAUGUAGUGACACUAGGCCACCGCGAUGGGUUGGAAAGCGCGAGCCACGCGUCCAAACUCCGGGUGAGGCGGACCAAGGGAAUGAUCACAUCGGACGUACCAGCGGGUGGGGCCUUGCGGCGGGGCGGUAUUUGUGCCACAGCUGGGUGCACAGGGGCGGGGGGACUGCCGCUGGAGCACCAUACCUGCAAAGAUGGGAUGGUGGACGGUGGUCAUGACGACGGCCGUGCACACCGAACAAAAACUCUUCUGUUGAAAUUUUGGGUACCGCAGCCUCUUGGACAUGCGGCGAAAUUAAAUGAAAAUGAAACAAAUGAUUCUCCUCCCGGCCCUCCACCGGGGGAUGGAGUGGUCUGCUAACCAGCUCCAGAGAAGUGGGUCUCCUUGCCCUUUGGUCGGCUGGCCGUAAGACGGGUGGCAUCUGCUUCCUGCGCUGGGCUCCACGCCGGGGCCGGGCCACGGGGGCGGGCUGCAGCAGAGCAAGUGUUGUAGUUGCAGGAGGACACCCUUGGUGAAAAGCAGACGGGGUGCGGGGUCUUGAGCCACGCCGGGGCAGGAUGUGCUGUAUGGCCUCCAUCUGCUUCUUCACAGCUAAAAACUGCUGGGCAAAGUGCUCGACGGUGUCGCCGAAUAGGCCAACCUGGGAGAUGGGGGUGUCAAGGAACCGUGCCUUGUCAGGCUCGUGCAUCUCAAUCAAGUUGAGCCAAAGGUGGCGCUUCUGGACCACCAGGGUGGACAUCGCUUGCCCGAGAGACUGCGCCGUGACCUUCAUCGCCCGGAGAGUGAGGUUAGUUCCUGCAUCAAUCCUGGGUCAGAACUACCCUCAUGCAGUUCUUUUAGUGCCUUGGCUUGGUGUACUUGCAGGAGAGGUAUGGCGUGCAGGGCAGAGGCAGCUUGUCCAAUGGCACCAUAGGCUCUAGCUGUCAGGGAUGACGUAAACCUACAGGGACGACGUAAACCUACGGGUUGGGGCGUGGCUGUGGGUGUCGCCCCGAGCCCAGGAACCAAUCGUCGAGCCACAGGGGGUUCAGGGGAGAGUGGAGGGUUCCACUCUAGCCCGACGCUUGCGGCCGCCCGGGAAAGCAUGUCCGUCAUUUCUGCGUCGGUCUGGGACUGGGCUACCACUCCCGAAGGAGGAAGCCCAGUCGAAGCCUCUGCGUCCAACUGAUGAGCCCGCUCGAUAACUCGUCUUCUUUCCGGGCUCUGAACGAGAUGUCAAACUCGCCCUGAGAAUAGUCUUUUACUAAUGACAUUUCCCUGAUAAAAGAACACAGUUUAAGCCAUUAACAUGACCUUACAAGUUGUCUGCUUUUUAAGAAUAAUCAGAUUAAGAACCUGCAUAUAAACUUGCUCAGUGUCAGAUCCUGGCGUUGUCGACAUACCUGUAGGCAGUCGCUUAAAGGGUGACAUCUUUUACCUUGAAACAUGGAUGAAAUGCUGGGCUAUGGACCUUGUUCUUAUUUGCCAAGAUUGCAGAUGUUUGAUGCUAAACUUGGAAGACUACUGAACUUUAAUAUUGUAUUGCACAAUUUGCAUCAGGCCUUGUUGUCUUCACAAAUAAAUUGGUGAGACACUGCACUCUUUUUAGAUUUACUUUUUAAAUUUUCCAGUCUAUCUCAACAGAUUGAGAGGAAGCCAGUGGUUCAGAUGCAACUUGCCAAACCAACAUGAUCACACUAGUAAUGAACAUGUUACUUCCGAAAGUUUGUGUACCCUGAAAUCAGCCAAAUUACUCACAAGCGCCCUCCCUCAUCAGACAUUUUUUGCAUCAAUUCGAGCAUGAAUACAUUUUCAUCUGGUGCUACUAAUGCAUUACAUGAGUACCCUCCAAUACACAGUUUCUGGUCCCAUGGGAUUCGGUAAGUAAUGCUGUUCACAUAAACAAUGGUGAGCACAAUAUGGAGGUUGCAUUGUUGAAGUUUAAUCACUCUAAAAUACAAUUUUGGUCCACUGAUGGUUAGAUUUAGGGUUUGGGUUAGGGUGAGGGUUAAUAAAUUAUGCAUUACUGAUGACUGUAUUACAUUAUUUACAACAAAAAAUACAAAUCAUUUUAGGUGCAACACUGUGGACAUUUUACCGGAAAUAUGAUCUCACACUUGCCCAUACAUUCAAAAACACGUUCAGCUUCAACCACUGGAGGGCAGUGAUUCUAAUUUCAGUAAGCACAGACCGAUUCCAGCAGGAAAACUUUUGACCUACUGUUUUUGAAUUCACAGUGUGAUCAGUCUAGUUUUAAAAGUAAUAUUUACCAAUAGCAUUAGUCAAACAAAUUGUCAAGUGUUUGUGAAUGAUUAAAUCUAACUGUCAACAUCCCUAGUUAUGAGUUUUUUUGUUUUUUUCACACACUGUCUAGAACAUUUCUGCUGGGUUCAUAAAAGCACAGUGAUAGGCCAUAUUGUUUACUUAGAUAGUAACUCUAUUGCAUCACAAUAGAGCUAAUUCAAGGGUUUCUGCAUUACACAAUAUGCAGCCACUGUUGAGAUCUCACCACAGCAAGAAACCUGGAGGGAUUUUGAUGUGCACAGAACACUGUGUCUGCUUUGCUUCCCUCAAGCAAUUGAUUUUUACCUUCCUGAGGUGCAGACAACAAAUGGAAGCAUGUUCAUGUAGGAGGUGCAACCUGGCAUUGUAACAAAAUGCAAAUAAUUGAUUUCAUAUAACUAAGGUCUGAUUGGGUGAAAACAUGUCCAGAUUAUAUUUCAUCCCUGAUUCAAGAACAAAAAAAGAAAAAAAAAAAAAUAUAUAUAUAUAGUUAGCAUACAUAAAAUUACGCCUAUUUUUUGGGACAACUGCAUUGUGACACAUAUGACAGUUAAGCACAUUUACUCCCAAAAUUCUCAUUACUGUAUGUGUCUGGAUGUUUUACUUUUGUGCUUUUUGACCGUUAUUCUUGUUAGUGCUACUUAUUCGAUUUUCAUAACUCAUAUGUAAUGUGAAAUCACAGUGAAAUCUCAUUGGUCCAAAAUCCUGCUCCACAUAGUUGUGUUAAACUUCAAAUAUGACUGGCUGUGAUUGUGUCUCAUGUCUAGCAUCAUUAUCGCUUUUAGUAUGGACAGACAAAUUGCUUGUCACAUCAUGUCAGGUUGAGCACGGUGUAAUACAAUAAUUUUUUACGGUAUUAAAGUAAAAAUGACUGCAGUACAAUGACUGAUGACAGCAACAAUCAAAUUCAGUACAACAAUGAUCGUACAAUGUGAUGUAAUAUACAAUGUGAUGUAAAAAUACUUCAAUAAAACA